UCUGCAUAACUACUAUCUCGUUAAACUUAUGAAUCGAAAUAGCUCAACACAGCACGAGCCAAAUUGAUUAAAUAUGUACAUACGAUAGGUACUCAUCAUUCCUUAAUAGUUAAAAAUGUGUAUGUAUCUACGUGUUCAAGUCCUCGUAGUACGAAUGCAGUAAUGAACUUGAUUUUGGCAUUGAAAAACUUUUGACAGUUUUUUUCCUGUAAAUUAAUUCGACAAAUUGGUACAGUUUUUUUGGGGGAACAUUUUCGAACAUGUCUUAAAUAUAUAGACGCCCAGCAAUCAGCAUGUUUUCAACCUUCUCGCCACAAAUAAUGCGUAAUUUGUAAAAAAAGCACGUGAAAUUAAUUGAUUUUAAACUCCAGCUAGCUUUUUCGCAUCAGUUUUUUGCGUCAACGUAAUGUUAUUGGCCCGUCUGGUCAACCAAACCACAAAACCUUGGAUGAUAUGUAUGUAUGAGUGAUCAUCAUUUCAUUUUCAUAUAAUCCUUCCUUCUCUGGUAUCCAAUUUCAAUUAGAUAGAUGGAAAAUUUACCUUUAAUAAAUCAUAUCGUUAUUCUGUUAUACAUAUAUUCGCAUCGUUCUCGAACUCGGCAGAAUGAAUUUUCCUUCACUUACAAGUACACGUCGCAGCAGGACUGCUACUGCUUAUUAACAAACAGGCACCUCUAAUUUGCCAAGGUUCUUAAAUUUCAAUCAGCAAAAUUUAAGUUAAUCUCUAUUUGAGAUUCAUUAAACGUUUUACUAGUCUCGAGCCACUUACUUAUCCUGAAUAUUGAAUUCUUUACGUAUAUAUAAUUUUGCUCCAGGAGCUGCAAGUGCCACGACGGAAUACAAGGACGCGCACCAUUCGAUACCUUACAAACCAGUGAACAAGUGAACACUUACCAGAAAUCUGUUCCAUUUUACCUUUACAAAUAAUCAAGUUUAAGUUUAACAGGUGUCACAUUUUGCAUGAAUGUUUUUCUACAAAAGCCUUCUCAACAAGGAGAAAAAAUAUUAAAUUGAAAAAAAUUAACAUUACAUUACAACAACAAUUGAUCGUUAACAAGGGCAGAGAAUAAUAAGGAUAACAACGAAAUUAAUAGUAAUACGUAUGACACUGCUGGAUUGACGGUGGGAUUCUUUUGGAAAUAAAUGUGUCACAGAUAGCAUAAACUCAUGUACAAAUAUCUGAAAAGAUUUUUAGCCACGUUUUAGCUAGGUAAAGCUAGUUUUUCUUUGUGCGUCUGAUUUCAAUUUGAUAUUAGCAAAAAAAGUUUGCAAUUAUUUGUGUGAACUUGAGAAGAUUGCAACGCCAGGUUGCUUUCUCUUCGCAGUUGUAUAACUACGUACACCACCUGUCCUGGAGUUACUCAUUUGUGUUCAGUAAUUAGAUAUUAGUUAGUUGUUUAGUAAUUAAUUUGUGCAUAAGGAAAUAUUACGUGAGAUACGCUGGGAUAUUAAAUUCGAUACAAGGAUGAGGAUGGCCGAGUUGCCAGACUUCUUGUGGGACCUCCAGUCGAGGUGGCCCUUCAUGUUUCGUUUAAAGGGGACCGUUAUCCUCCGGAUAUGGUGGCAGGUCCUCUUCGUCUUGGUGUACACGAGCGCUGUGGUUGCAAUUCACUCUUACGUUCCCCUCAUGAGGAUGUGUUUUCCCAUGUCUUUGGUCCAAGUGCUUGGUGUCGUGAUUGGGUUGCUGUUAGUGUUCAGGACGAAUACGGCGUAUGACAGAUAUUGGGAGGGGCGGCGUCUCUGGUCUUCCAUGACUCAGAAUAUCCGUACCUUGACGCGUUGUAUUUGGGUUGGAGUGAGGGAGUCGGGAACUUCGAAAGAGAUUGUGGAGAAACGCUCAGUCAUAAAUCUCCUCAUCGCAUUCGCUUACGCCACGAAGAACUACCUCCGUGAAGAAUACUCUUACGACUCUGAUGGGAUCAGGGAGUUGAUAAAGCACAUCCCCAAGUUUUGCACGCCCUCAUCCAACCAACCUCUCGAGCACCAACAGCUCAUCCAAGAGCAGCAGCAAGCCGACCAGCAGUGCAAUAAUCAGGAAAUUCCCAGCGUAACGGUCACCGUUCCAGAAGAACAAGGAAAUGAACCUUCAAAAACGGGUGUAAUUCUCCUUCCGGGAAAGUUGACGGCAGAAGAAGACAAGUCGAAAUCAGCGUCGUCUUCAGCAAAAAGGAGAAAGUCGUCGACGACACCGUUUCGAAGGCAGGAUGCUAGGCGACGGUCGAGCAAAGCGCACUCCAGCUUUACGGCGCAUGAUUGUGUUACUCCGACCAAUAUCCCGAUUGAGCUGUCCUACUACAUCGCCUCAUAUCUCGGCACGGUCUCUGUAAAAGGACGAGACUUAACAGAUCCGAGCACGAUGCUUAUUUGCAACCAUGCCUUAAAUAAUUUGGUCGAUUGUCUCACCGGAUUCGAAAGGAUUUUACGAACCCCAAUCCCACUCGCGUAUUCGGUCCAUUUGCAUCACUCCAUUUGGCUCUACCUACUCGCACUUCCGUACCAAAUGGUCAAAGAGCUGGGUUGGUUCACCGUCCCCACCGUCGUUCUCAGCUCGUUUGCUCUGCUUGGAAUUUUGGGUAUCGGUUGGGAAAUAGAAAACCCGUUUGGAUACGAUGACAAUGAUUUGCCACUGGACGACUUUUGCAAAGUUAUACAUAAAGAAAUCCAGACCAUUGUGGGGCACAAAGUCCCCACGCCGGACACUUGGAUCUUGUCGACGAACAAUCACCCCUUUGCGCCCACCUCGAUGGAAAAUGCGGUCGAGUUGAGUACCAAACCAGUGGAGGAAGUCAGGCUCAAACUGGCGAUGGGGGCGAGUAGACGACUCACCAGUAAAGAAAGUGACAAGUAAAUAUUUUAGACGGUCCGGUGACCCAAAGACAUUAUGCAAAUCAUGGAUAGAAAUUUUAUGAAAUUUGAGACAAUAUGAGAAAAAAUGGUCAUAUUUUUAGCCAGCUUUUCCUACCAGACUAAUAUUAGUAUGCAAACAUACAUACAUACUUUCACUUUGUAAUUGAUGGUAUUUUACUAUGUAUUUUUAUUCGAAACUGUUUUUUGCCAAGAUUGUUAACAGUGACAGUUUUCUACUCAUUAUGUAUGCAGAUUUUAUCCAAUACUCCUCUGCAGCUUUGUAAAUAGGUAGUUGAUAUUUGCUCCGAUUGUACAGUAGUAAGAAGUCACUUAUUAAUUAAAUACAUGAAAUAAAUACAUAUCUAUUUAAUAGGAACAGAACACCCCUCACAA